UUAUUUUUAUGAUCCAGCCCACACAUUAUCUAUCUGUCUCAGAGUGUUCUGUCUGGAAGAAAGCAGCUUUGCAUGACACGUGUCAGCCAUGAAAUUGCACAUGCUUGGUUUGGGUUGGCCAUUGGUGCACGUGAUUGGACAGAAGAAUGGAUAAGUGAAGGCUUUGCUACACAUCUAGAGGAUGUAUUCUCAGCAGAAGUUCAAAAGCUCACAGCAGAGGAGGCCAGGGAACAGCAUGAGUUAAAAGCUCUUCUUAGAUGGCAUCGCCUUAGUGAUGAACUCGAAAAUUCUCAACAGGAACUACAAAUUCUUAGGCCCCAAGGUGAUAGCACCGGAGAAGUGAGUGACUCUGGAGCUUCUGUUGUAAGACAUGGACUAAAUGCAGACAAGGCCUUUAUGCAAGUCCAUUAUUUAAAGGGUUAUUUUCUUCUUCGAUAUCUUGAAAAAAUCAUGGGUCAAGAUGCAUAUUUUUCUUUUCUGAGAAAAUUUGUGACUAAAUUUCAUGGGCAGCUGAUACUC